GGGGGGGGCGGGGUGUGCUUAGGCGCGUAGGAUCAAGUCGGAAUCUUCCCUCCUCAUCCCGUAGCAGUCCACUGGCGCGGCAUGCAGCGGUGACCGUGGACUGCAGCUCCGCGGGUCUGCCCCACUAGCGGAGCGCAACAACGGCGGCUUCAUGACGCCGCGGCCGCUCGUCACCGUCCGGCUGAUCACUUGCGGAACGGUAGGCACCCGGCUGCGGCUCUGCCCUCACCUGUGCAGGGAUAGACGCACAACUCAGGUGUGGCUUUGUGUGUUUGUGCUGAGCUUCCUGAGCUCGACUUCGUCUGCGCUGUCUGCUCGGGACUCCGAAGACUUGCAGCUGUGCCUGCGCAGGCUGACACCCUUCAUUGAGGAGUCCCGCGCUAUGUUGUAUGCUCCGUCCAUGAACGACAUUCAAGCCAAGUGUCAUCUCCUGUCGCUCAAAUGUUACUUCUUGGAGCUGGUGAUGGUCAUGGACGAAGAGGAAGUUGAUGGCGACAACAUUUACGGCAACUGCCUCCACGAUUUCAACGAGGCGCUGCUUCCCAAAGACGACGCUUUGCAGGUCAGCUGUCCACCAUGCGAGGCCCACUCACAGGGGAAUAUCACAACCUUCCUGGAUCGACUUAAAACCCUCCUGCAAGCGGUGACCCUGUGAAUGCCCCCAGCAAAUGCCAUGAGGUGCAAAUUUGUAAGAUACUGUAUAGAAAUUAAAAUGUCCACAUAUGUACAGUGAGGUUUACACGUUUUUGGACAGUGACAGCUUUACAAAAAAAGUGGAAAAUUACAAGAAAAUUGUGAUUUUAUAAGAAAAAAAAGUUAUGAGCAAAGAGACAUGUUUUAUGUAACAAGUUGUAAUGAAUUGGGGAGAAAAAAAUAUAAAAAAGAAAUGUGGAAUUUAUCCAGUAGUCACCACUUUAAAAAAAAAUUGUAAAUUUGCAAGAAUAAAGUCAAAAUGUCGCAAGACAAAGUCAAAACCGAUGAGAAAAACAAGUAUUAAUUGUCCAAGAGAAACAGGAGAAAAUCUGAACAUCAAAAGUAUGUCAGAGAAAAUGGAAGGGGACGGGAAUACAGUAAAGAAAAUGUCGUAAGAAUAAAAUUAUUUGCAAAAAAAAUCAAACUCUGAAAUUAAAGUCAAUUAAAAAAAAUGUACAAGAAAAAUGUUUGAAAACAUCGCAAGAAAUAUUGUGAUGUUCAAGAAUAGUUGUCAUUUCACGAGAAUAAAAAUCAGAGAAAAUCUUGAAGUUAUAAGAACUAAAGUUGUAAUUGACAAGAAUCCAGAGUCAUUUUGGAUGUCACAUUUUUGGAGACAAAAAUCAUGAUUUUUCAAGAAGAAUACAGCAAUGUUACAAGAAUAGUCUUUUUUUUUUUUUUUUUUUUUUAAACGAAAAUAAUGUUAC